UCAGCUCGCCGGUCAUGCAGCACUACGGGGUGAACGGCUACUCUCUCCACGCCAUGAAUUCACUGAGCGCCAUGUACAACCUCCACCAGCAGGCGGCGCAACAGGCCCAGCACGCACCUGACUACAGGCCCUCAGUGCAUGCACUCACUCUUGCAGAGAGACUGGCUGGCUGCACAUUUCAAGACAUUAUCCUUGAGGCCCGGUAUGGCUCCCAGCACCGAAAGCAGCGGCGCAGUCGGACAGCCUUCACCGCCCAGCAGCUGGAGGCCCUGGAGAAAACCUUCCAGAAGACCCACUAUCCUGAUGUGGUGAUGCGUGAGCGUCUGGCCAUGUGCACGAACCUGCCCGAAGCACGUGUCCAGGUCUGGUUCAAGAACCGCCGGGCCAAGUUUCGUAAGAAGCAGCGCAGCCUGCAGAAGGAGCAGCUCCAAAAACAGAAAGAAGCAUCCGGAGCUGCAGAGGGCUCUACUGAAGACUCCAAGACUGACCUCACCGCCACCACCUUGGUUCCCGAGGCCCGCACUCCUCCUCCUCCCUCCUCUGCUUCAUCCUGUCACUCAGAGACCGAGAGGCUGGCAGCAGCACAGCCUCAGCCUGGAGAGAUGAGCGUGGAAGUCAACGUCACCUCUCCUGAGCCGUCGGACAGCGAGUCAGCAGCAGACGAUAAUGCUGACAGAGAGGAGGACGAAAUGAGAGGGGAGAUGAGGGUGAAGAUCAGGGAGGAGACGCAGGGGGAGGUGGGAGCGCAGCCAGGGAGCAGCUCCCCGUCCUGCAAACGACUCAGCCCCACAUCAGACUCUCCCCUGAGCUCCCCCGCCUUGCCGUCCUCCAGCAGUGUGACUGGCGGUUUGGCCCAGAGCAACUCCUACGCCUCGUCUCCCCUCAGCCUCUUCAGGCUGCAGGAGCAGUUUCGGCAGCACAUGGCCGCCACCAACAACCUGGUGCACUACCCGUCCUUCGACAUGAGCACGCCGUCCUCUUUGCCCUACCUGGGCAUGAACGUCAACAUGCCAUCACCACUGGGCUCGCUGCCCUGCCAGUCCUACUACCAGACCCUGUCCCAGGCCCAGCAGGUAUGGAACAGCCCACUGCUGCAGGCGACGCCAGGCAGCCUCCCGGGUAGCCUCAACAGCAAGACCACCAGCAUUGAGAACCUCCGUCUGAGGGCCAAGCAGCACGCAGCCUCGCUGGGAUUGGACACGCUCCCCAACUGAAGCUGGAGCUGCUCAGUCUACGUGGUUGCCCUCUGCUCAGGGCCAUAGCUAAUUAUGGACCCAGUCCACAGGAGGGGACUCUGGGCCCCACUCCACUUUCCUCCUGACCUCUCAACACCCUCAAACAACUACAUAUAUCCAUCCACAACUCCAAACACCCAUUAGAUAUAUCCCCAAUUUAAACUUCAGCUUUUUGGCUGCUACCCAAUCUGUUCAAAAUCUUCCCAAAUUUCAAAUUUGUGUGCUUGUUUCAGUUCAUUCCACAUAAUUCUUCUGAACAGAUGCUGAGGAUGUUUUGUUCGCAGUUUUCUACAUUUUAGAUAACCCCAAUUUGAAAACCAGAGCAGUGUUACAUACAGCAGAAACAAAAUAUUUUUAGACAAACUUGAGGAGCACACUAUGUGUUUUAGAGCAGGCACUUUAAGGGUCCUCCCUCAGCUUGCGGCCCUGGGUCUCAGUUUCAAAACACCAUUUCCCCUCCACUACAUUCCCUGGCCUCCACCUCAGUGUCAUCACAUGAGCAUGUAGCUCACUGCUGAAAGCACAGGGAGACGUGAAGAACAUCUCUGCUGGAUAAAAAAAAAAGUACUCAAUGGACUUUAAAAAAUGAAAGAAAAAUCCAACUGGACUGCAGAUGUGUCUGAACAGUACUGUUUGCCUGUGGAUCUUGCUUGUAUUUGACUCCUCCUGGUUAACAGCAUUAGCCACUUCUCCUAAUGCUAACUGCUCACUACGAUUUGAACCUCCUCUGUGAAGUCAGGGCAGAAAAUCUUGAACCACAGAGUUGCCAGUCUGAGAUAUUAAGAUAUUCUAUAAUCAUCACAAGAACCCAUAAACAUGAACUAUGCAUGCAAGCACCCCUCUGAAGCAUGGCUUACAGCCGUGUAAAACACACCUGUCAUGGCGCUGGCAUUAGAAUGAAGUCACAUAAGAUCUGAAAUAAGAAAUAAAGCUCAGAUCGGUCAAUAUAAUCUCCCAGCCACAAUGUUUUAAUGUAGAUGACACAUGACUUCCCUUGUUUAAAGUUAUGGCACUCAGCUCAGCCUGCAAGAAUCUAUUGAGCAUUGUAAAUAUCCCUCAGUGUUCAUCUCCAUCUGCCUGGUUAAAGAGGAAACAUUCAAUUUAUUUUUCAAUUGUGGCUACAAGCAAAGGACCUACAGCAGAAACGAAAUAAGGGGGAGAAUCUGUGGAGGAGGCACAGUGACAAAUAAAUACAAACCCUGAUAUAUAUUUUCAGAGUCACCACUUUUGCUGAGCCAGUGGCUUCAGCAGAAAGAUGCACAGGCAAAGUCUCUAUGUAUUAUAUCACUGUAGAUUCAAGACAUGUAUUUCUCAAUUGUUUUAAAUGUGAGUAAUUUAUCUGUUUAAUGCAAGGGAAUAAAUCACACAUAAGAAUGA